CCUUCAACCCAAUACAACCAUUCCAAGAAAACUCGCCAUCACCUUAAAAAAAUGAUAAAAGAGAUUUAGAUCCAAGGAAGAGCAUAAAUGAGCCAAAUCACUUCCCCCAUAAAAGGAGUAUCCAUAUCCAUAUCUCUCACAACUCGCUCUUCUUACUCUUUUUCCCCUUCAUUCCUUCGCUUCACUUCUCACACAACUCGUUUCUCUUUCAGAUCUAUAAGAGCAAUGGCCUCCCAUAUUAUUGGAUACCCUCGUAUGGGGCCAAAGAGAGAGUUGAAGUUUGCAUUAGAAUCGUUCUGGGACGGCAAGAGCACCGCCGAUGAUUUGCAGAAGGUGGCGGCUGAUCUCAGAUCGUCCAUUUGGAAACAGAUGGCCGAGGUGGGAAUUAAAUUCAUACCCAGUAAUACAUUUUCAUACUAUGAUCAAGUGUUGGAUACCACUGCCAUGUUGGGUGCUGUUCCUUCAAGAUAUAAUUGGAAUGGUGGUGAGAUUGGUUUCGAUGUCUAUUUUUCAAUGGCUAGGGGUAAUGAUUCUGUUCCCGCUAUGGAAAUGACCAAGUGGUUUGAUACCAACUACCAUUAUAUUGUGCCUGAAUUGGGACCGGAGAUCAAGUUUUCAUAUGCAUCUCACAAGGCUGUCAAUGAAUACAAAGAGGCCAAAGCCCUUGGAGUUGAUACAGUUCCCGUCCUGGUGGGCCCUGUCUCAUACUUGUUGCUUUCUAAACCAUCAAAGGGUGUGGAAAAAUCUUUUUCUCUUCUUUCCCUUACUAGCAAGAUUCUUCCUGUCUACAAGGAGGUUGUGGCUGAGUUGAAGGCUGCUGGUGCUACCUGGAUUCAGUUUGACGAGCCAACUCUUGUGAUGGAUCUUGAUUCUCAUCAGUUAGAGGCAUUUACUAAUGCUUACUCCGAGCUGGAGUCAUCUCUGUCUGGCUUGAAUGUCUUAAUUGAGACAUACUUUGCUGAUGUUACUCCGGAGGCAUACAAAACUCUAACCUCGUUGAAGGGUGUCAUUGGGUAUGGGUUUGACCUGGUUCGUGGAACAAAGACACUUGAAUUAGUAAAAGGUGGAUUUCCUUCUGGCAAAUAUCUCUUUGCCGGAUUGGUUGAUGGUAGGAACAUUUGGGCUAAUGAUCUAGCUUCUUCCCUUAGUACCCUGCAGACUCUUGAGGGCAUUGUUGGAAAGGAUAAGCUUGUAGUCUCAACAGCUUGCUCACUACUCCACACAGCAGUUGAUCUAGUGAAUGAAACUAAGUUGGAUAGUGAGAUCAAGUCCUGGCUGGCAUUUGCUGCACAGAAAAUAAUUGAAGUAAAUGCACUGGCCAAGGCAAUUUCUGGGCACAAGGAUGAGGCCUACUUCUCCUCUAACGCUGCAGCUCAGGCUUCUAGAAAAUCCUCCCCAAGGGUGACACAUGAUGCUGUCCAAAAGGCUGCUGGUGGUUUGAAGGGUUCCGACCACCGCAGAUCCACUAAUGUAAGUGCCAGGCUGGAUGCUCAGCAGAAGAAGUUAGGCCUUCCAAUGCUUCCUACCACCACUAUUGGAUCUUUCCCACAGACUACAGAUCUUAGAAGAGUGCGCCGUGAGUACAAGGCAAAAAAAGUCUCUGAGGAUAAUUAUGUCAAAUGUAUGAAGGAGGAAAUUAACAAAGUUGUCAAGCUUCAGGAAGAGCUUGACAUUGAUGUUCUGGUUCAUGGAGAACCAGAGAGGAAUGACAUGGUUGAGUACUUUGGGGAGCAACUAUCUGGCUUUGCCUUCACUGUGAAUGGCUGGGUUCAAUCUUAUGGCUCACGUUGUGUUAAGCCUCCCAUCAUUUAUGGUGAUGUAAGCCGCCCAAAGGCCAUGACUGUCUUCUGGUCUUCAAUGGCACAGAGUAUGACCAAGCGACCAAUGAAGGGAAUGCUCACUGGGCCAGUCACCAUUUUGAACUGGUCCUUUGUCAGAAAUGACCAGCCCAGAUUUGAGACCUGCUAUCAAAUUGCUUUGGCAAUCAAGGAUGAGGUUGAGGAUCUUGAGAAAGCUGGUAUUAAUGUCAUCCAAAUUGAUGAGGCUGCUUUAAGAGAGGGUUUGCCCCUUAGAAAGUCUGAGCAAGAAUUUUAUCUAAAGUGGGCUGUGCACUCCUUCAGGAUCACCAACUGUGGUGUACAAGACACCACCCAGAUCCACACCCACAUGUGCUAUUCGCACUUUAAUGAUAUCAUCCACUCAAUUAUAGACAUGGAUGCCGAUGUAAUCACUAUUGAGAAUUCUAGAUCAGAUGAAAAGCUUCUCUCUGUUUUCCGUGAGGGUAUAAAGUAUGGUGCUGGAAUUGGUCCUGGUGUGUAUGAUAUUCACUCGCCAAGAAUUCCUUCCUCAGAAGAAAUUGCUGACCGCAUAAACAAGAUGCUUGCCGUUCUUGAGAGUAACAUCCUCUGGGUAAACCCCGACUGUGGUCUCAAGACUCGCAAGUAUUCUGAAGUCAAGCCUGCACUUAGCAACAUGGUUGCUGCUGCCAAGCUUCUUCGUAACCAGCUUGCAAGCACAAAGUAAGUUCAAAAGGUGGCAUGCAAGUAUAUCUUAUAAAGUUAGGAGAUUAUCUGCGAGAGACUGAAUAAUUUGGCGGCUUUGUUCUGAGAUAAAUUUUCCUUUUCUUGGGAGAUGAUUAUGUUUUUCUACUGUAUCUGGGUAUACUAUCUAGGCCAUUAUUGCCUCCAAUUUUCUUUUCUAUAAAGCAAUUUUAUCUUUACCAUAUUUGCCUGGCUUUACUGUGUUGUAUAAAUACCUGGAAAAAUGGAAUGGAAAAUAUAGAAAUGUAGUUGCAUAUUGGUACCA